GUGCACAAGUACGAAUGUAAGCUGCGACUGAUCCAGUAUGGGCUGCUGCUAGAGGCUCUGGAGCUGGACAACAUGCGCUCGGAUGCCGAUUUGAAUGAGGAUGAGGCUAUUGAAGACGAUGGUCCAGUAGUUGUCAACAGCAAGUCUGACAAAGACCUGAUGGACAAGAGACAAGAGUUUGUCGAAGUAAGCAUUGCGAAGGCGCUCUCUGAGGGCCGCACUACGGAGAGGGGCGUCAUGACGGCCACGGUUGCAGAAGAGAGAAAAACUCUGAUUCACGAUUUCUACAAGCAUAUAUUGAGCAGGCCGAGAUGCGACAACUGUGGGAUGUACUCGCCACCAUUUAGAAAAGACGGGUUUUCGAAAAUCUUCGAGCUUGGUCUUAAGGACAAGCAGCUGACCAACAAUAGAAUCAAGGGGGUCAAGAGACAGGAUAUGUUGAAGAACGGGUCUAAAGACAAGCAACCGGACACAGAUCCUUACUCUCAGCCAAGGGAGGGCUCCAAAUAUGUUUUGUCCACGGAGGUCCGCAACAUUCUGAGAAAAGUGUUCAAGACAGAGCAGAAAGUGAUGGACCUGCUGUUCCACUCUCGGCCGUUGAGCAGGUCGCCUGUCUCCGCCGACAUGUUCUUCAUCCACGCUCUUGUGGUGCCGCCAACGCGCUUCCGUCUUCCCUCUAAGCUAGGCGACGAGGUGCACGAGAAUUCCCAGAACGAGCUGCUGUCGAAAAUCCUCACCACCUCUCUGCUGAUCAGAGACCUAAACGAGCAGUUUUCGGUCAUGAGCAAGGAAAUCAGCACGGAGGACCGCAAGAUCAUUUUCAACCGGCUCAUGAAUGCGUUUGUCACGCUGCAGAACGACGUCAACGGAUUUCUCGACUCCACCAAGAACCAGAACCAAAAUAGCAACACCGCGCACCCGGGAAUCAAGCAGGCGCUCGAGAAGAAGGAAGGGUUGUUCAGAAAGCACAUGAUGGGCAAGCGUGUCAACUACGCAGCGCGGUCGGUCAUCUCUCCAGACCCGAUGAUCGAGACCAACGAGAUCGGCGUUCCUCCUGUUUUCGCGAAAAAACUGACGUAUCCCGAGCCAGUUACCGUCCAUAACGUGGCCGAGCUCAGACAGGCUGUCAUUAACGGGCCAGACAGAUGGCCUGGAGCACUGCAAGUGCAAAAUGAGGACGGCAGCCUCGUGUCUCUGGUGGGCAUGAGUUUGGAGCAGAGAACGGCCAUUGCGAAACAGCUGCUCACCCCGUCCAGCGGCUCGGACGUGGUGAACAAAAAAGUGUACAGACACAUCAGAAAUAACGACGUGGUGAUCAUGAAUAGACAGCCAACACUGCACAAGGCGUCGAUGAUGGGCCACAAGGUCAGAGUGCUGCCAGGCGAGAAGACUCUGCGGCUGCACUACGCCAAUACCGGAGCGUACAAUGCCGACUUUGACGGUGACGAGAUGAACAUGCACUUCCCGCAGAACGAAAAUGCGCGUGCCGAGGCUUUCAAUCUCGCUAACACCGACUCGCAGUACCUGACGCCGACCGCAGGUUCGCCCGUGAGAGGACUGAUCCAGGACCACAUUUCUGCGGGUGUCUGGCUUACCAGCAAGGACACCUUCUUUACCAGAGACAAGUACCAGCAGCUGGUGUACGGGUGUGUACGCCCCGAGGACGGACACUCGACCGGUUCGCGGCUUGUGACGGUGGCGCCUGCCGUGAUGAAGCCGCAGCCGCUGUGGACGGGGAAGCAGGUAAUCACCACGAUAUUGCUCAACAUAAAGCCGCAGGAGUUGCCGGGAAUCAAUCUCAGGUCCAAAAAUAAGAUCAAGAACGAGUACUGGGGGGACGGGUCUUGCGAAAACGAGGUGCUGUUCCAGAACGGCGAGCUUCUGUGCGGAAUCCUGGACAAGUCGCAGUACGGUGCGUCUCAGUACGGAUUCAUUCACGCGCUGCAUGAGGUUUACGGCCCGACGGUGGCAGGCAAGGCGCUAUCUGUGCUGGGACGACUGUUCACGAACUACAACAUGAUGAUGGGGUUGACGUGUGGUAUGGACGAUCUGAAGCUGACUGAGGACGGAAACAAGUGGAGAAGCAGUCUGUUGGAGGAGAGCUCUGAUAUUGGCCGUGUUGCCGCUGCCGAGGUGACGAACCUCGACCGUGAGGUCAGGGUGGACGACCCCGAGUUUUUAAGACGGAUGGAAGAGAUUCUGCGCGACGACGGCAAGUUGGCGAUUCUGGACGCGGUCGCGCAGUCCAAAGUCAACGCAGUCACGUCGAAGGUGGUGUCGCGGUGUGUGCCGGCAGGAACGAUGAAGAAGUUCCCUGCAAACGCCAUGCAAACGAUGGCUCUGUCGGGAGCCAAGGGCUCGAAUGUGAACGUGUCGCAGAUCAUGUGUCUUUUGGGCCAACAGGCUUUAGAGGGCCGCAGAGUGCCGGUGAUGGUGUCGGGCAAGACGCUGCCAUGCUUCAAGCCGUUCGAGACCGAUGUGCGAGCCGGCGGCUACAUCAAGAACCGGUUCUAUUCGGGAAUCCGUCCGCAGGAGUACUAUUUCCACUGUAUGGCGGGCAGAGAGGGUCUGAUCGACACUGCUGUCAAGACGGCCAACUCAGGCUAUUUGCAGCGUUGUCUGACCAAGCAGCUGGAAGGAGUGCACGUUUCGUACGACAACACGAUCAGAAACGCCGACGGCACGCUGAUCCAGUUCCUGUACGGCGGCGACUCGAUCGACGUCACCAAGGAGUCAUAUAUGCAUCAGUUCAAGUUCUUCCUCGAGAACUACAACUCGCUGUUGCAAAAAUACAGCCCGUCAUCGAUCGACAAUUUGGACACCGAAACAGCGGUGUCGUACAACAAAAAGUUCCGCAAGCAGCUCAAGAAACAGGCUGCGCUGCCGCACUACGCACAGAGCCUUAAGUACGACCCGACGGUCUCGGUGUACAACCCAAGCAAGUAUCUGGGCUCUGUUUCGGACAAAUUCGAGGACGAGCUCGAUAAAUUCAUCGAGGAGAACCAGCACCUGUUUGUUUCGGGCAAAGACGCCAAGACCAGAGGCGGACUGACGCAGAAGAAGUUCAAGGCGCUGAUGCAGCUCAAGUACAUGCGGUCGCUCGUGAACCCGGGCGAGGCCGUGGGCAUUGUUGCAUCGCAGUCGGUCGGCGAGCCGUCGACGCAAAUGACGCUCAACACGUUCCACUUUGCGGGCCACGGCGCAGCGAACGUGACGCUCGGUAUUCCGCGUUUGCGAGAGAUCGUUAUGACGGCAUCGGCGUCGAUCAAGACGCCCCAGAUGACGCUGCCGAUCCUCGACGACGUCGACGACGCUGCCGCCGACGCGUUCUGCAAGUCCAUCACCAAAAUCAGGUUCUCCGAAUUCAUCAGCGAUGUGUCUGUGGUGGAGACGACAGGCAGCACGGGUGCCCAAGCGGCACGCUCCUACGAGAUCAAAAUGCGCUUUUUCGACUGCUCCGACUACGAGCAGGAGUACGACGUCACCAAGGAGGAACUGGAGCACGUGAUCAAGACCAAGUUCAUCCAGGCGCUCGAGACGGCCAUCAUCAAGGAGGUGAAGAAGCAGAAACGGGCCACGAGCGAGUCGCUGCCGGCCGUUGGCCAGGCCGUAGCACGCUCGCAGGCAGAGCUCGGCGCCCAGACGACGGCAGUUGUCGACGAGGACGCCGACGACGAAAAGCUCAAGAGCAACACGAAGCAGGCCGUCUCUUACGACGGUCCGGAUGACGAGGAAGUCGAGACCAUGCGUCGUGCAGAGAAGUCCGACGACGAGUCGCUGCUCGACGACAGCUCGUCGGGGUCCGAGUCCGAGUCCGACGACGAAGACGACAAAAUGGACGUCGACGCGGCCAAGUCCAACCUUGUGAAGGAAAUCAUGUCCAAGGCUGCUCGCGAGAGACAGCAAGAGGUGAUCAUCAACCACAACUUUGUGAGCCAGUUUAACUACGACGACGAGCACGGCUCGUGGUGCGACUUCAAGCUCGAGCUGAGCGCAGACACGCAGAAAUUGCUCAUGGUGAACAUCAUUGAGGCCGUUUGCAAGGCCGUGGUGGUGCGCGAGGUGAGCGGCAUCGGUAGAUGUCUGCAUCCAGAAAACGAGCAGGGCAAGCGGAUUCUGGUCACCGAGGGUGUCAAUUUCGGCGCCAUGUGGGAGCACGACGCGUUCAUCAACGUCAACGACAUCCGUUCCAACGACAUUGCUGCCGUGCUACGCACGUACGGUGUCGAGGCAGCCAGAAACACCAUUGUCAACGAGGUCAACAACGUGUUUGGACGGUACGCCAUCUCUGUCUCGUCCAGACACCUCGACCUGAUCGCCGACUACAUGACGAGAGAGGGAACGUAUCUUGCGUUCAACAGACAGGGCAUCGACUCGUCCACAUCGUCUUUCACUAAGAUGUCGUACGAGACAACGUGUCAGUUCCUGACCAAGGCGGUCCUGGACAAUGACCGUGAGGAGCUGCAGUCUCCUUCUGCACGGAUCGUCAUCGGAAAGCUCAACAACGUCGGAACCGGCAGCUUCGACGUGAUGGCCAAAAUGCCAGUUGCAUGAAAAUUCUGCCACACACAAUUCUGUGUAGAAAAA